CAUUAAAUAAUGCUCCAGAUCUCCGUUCCAGCGCUACAAUUAAAUAACUGACAAUCAUAUUCUGUAGCAGGUGAUUUCUGCUUUAAAAUUCAUGUUGAAAUCCUGCUUCUGGCUCUAGAUAGCAUCUUAAAUAUUUAUUUUGGUAAACAUAUUAGAAAACCAUUCUAGUGUUAUGCUGGGGUUACUUAAAUUCCUGCCAGACUGCAAUGACCUGUCUGUGUCACGGUCCGGUCAGCGGGCAGUAGAAGCCCUGGCUGAGGACGUCAGGACCAGAGGCAAGAUGGUGGUGUAGAAGCGGGAACAGAUGCAGGGUUGAGGGUCCAGCAGCAGGCAGUCGCAGGGUCAAGGAGCAAGGCAGAGGCGAAGGUCUGGGGGUCGAGGAUCAAGGCGUCAGCAAGGCAGAGGUCCAAGGGUCAAGGAUCAAGGCGUCUGCAAAGGUGAGGGUCUAAGGAGCAAGGCGUCGGCAAGGCAAGGGUCCCAGGAGCAAGGAGCAAGGAGCAAGAGGCCAGAUGCAACCAGGCAGGGAUAGUGUUGCUGUGGCAAAGAGCUGAAGGGAAAUGCUGAGCUUUUAUCCCUCCCAGCUCUUGCCACCAGGUGCAGUGAGAUAUCAAGUGGUCUCACCUGAGUGGUCACUCCUUGCUUCUCCAGCACAAGCUGAGGCAGGCCCCAGUCCUGCAAAGCACUACAGGCCCCAGACUCCUGCCCAUACUCCUGCCCAUACUCCUGACAGUCUGCAUGCUUCUGCGGGAGACACUUAUAUCUCUACAGAGUUGUGUGUUUUUGUUGCUGUUGACAAAAGGGAUAUGUAACUUCCAAUGCACCUAGUGCCCACCAAGAAUGCUCUUGUGCUCCUGCUUGCAGGAGGAAUCUGCUUGGCCACUGUGAGAACAGGAUGCUGGACUAGAUGAACCAUCAUUCUGAUCCAACAGGCUCUUCUUGUGUUCUUAUGGCCAUAGAAAGCACUUAGGCACCAGGGAGGAAUUCUAUUUCCUAGGGUCUCUGCUGCCAUUUCAAACAGAAAUGCUGCUAUCCUUCAAAAUUAAUAUUUUUCUGAAUUUUGUGAUGAAGUUAGUGGGUGGUAGUCAACUAUGUUUUACUCAGAAUAAACCCACUGAAAUUAAUGGACCUAACGAAACCUUUCUCAUUAAUUUCAAUGGAUCUACCGUAAUUUAAGUAAAGCUGCACUGAAUACCACCCAUUGUGCAUCUGUUAGAGGAAAAUGUGCAUAAAAGCACACAUAUUAGUGAAAGUAGCACACAAAAAUGCUUUUUAUUAGGGGAAAUGGCUUGCAAAUCUGUAUCUUAGGCAAAAUUGCAUCUGGAAAUCUGUUUAUUAGGAGAAAAUUGCAAUGAAAGGCUGGUGGAUUUUCAUGAGGAUCUCUUUUAAAAACCACAAAUUGCUAUGGAAAUGUGGGAAACUGAAUUUAAGAUUGGAAACUUAACUGAGACCCAAACUUGACAGUUUUGUCCAUCCCUACUCACAAUGUGGGGUUAGAAGACUUUCAGGAGGGUAUUUGGGUUUUGCUGCAUUCCCAAAUAUGUAAUUGAGACUUGGGCUCAGAAUUAACUAAGCUACUAUAUUUUGUUUAAAAUGGAUUUUCUGAUCCCAAUUCAAAUCAAGCCACGUAGUAUUUACUUGUCACUAGAUCUGUAUAUGUUUUUACAACUCCCAAUGGGCAUUGAGGAAGUGGGAACCUCUUUGUGGGGACUCCUUAAGAAGUUUUGGGCUGUAACUGGAACAGUCAUGUAACUGGAAGUGUGUCUCAAUAGCUAAGGAAGGAGGCAUCAAGUUGCAUUGUUCUAUGUCUUUUGGGGGGGGGAUCUUUUACAAGUGCUACAGUGCUUUGGCCCCUGCCCUCCUAACACCACACCACAGAAAGUUAUUCAUUAAAUAAAGAUGCAACCUGUUUUCAACAGCUCUGUAUUCAACUCCUCUUUCUCCUUUCCACUUCCUGGUCCAGGCCCAACUGGACUAUUUCAUUUUUGGCUACAAGAAGGAAGCAGAAUGCAAAGAAAUAGCAUUUCCAGAGGCUGGGAAUCCCCAUGGUGACAAGAAAUACAAUAUAUUAUGAAAAGUAAACACAAAUAUGCAAAUGUUCUUUUUUGUGCAAAUAAUGCAGGCUGUAGAAUUCAUCUUUGGUCAGUGUGUAGUUUAGUUUUGUUGCACAGAAUUUCUUUGGGCAGAAAUUUGAUUGAUUUUGAGCCCUGUAUGCAUGCGCGCGCACACACACACACACGCGCGCACGCGGCAUUUAAUAUACAGUAUAUUAAACCUGUGGUAUUAAGAAUAUGUCCCAAAUAUUCAAGUAAGAGACAAAUAGUCUGAAACAUUUUCUGCUGUUUACAGUGAGAUUCAGGAAGUUUCUAUACAAGCAUAUAUCUAAGGAACAAAGUCCUCAUUCAUCACUACAAAGAGCAAGCACUAGGACCCAGGAUCACUCACUUGGAUGACUGGAAAACCGGUUUAUAGGAGGAUGAUACCUGUGUGCAUUUGUGACGUCAGUGUUCCAGCAGGUGUUGACUAAAAGCAAGUGAAAGCAAUCGCUUUAGUUAAACUCAGCCCGGCAUUUUGCCGUACAGCAAAUAUACAUAAAGAUUGAAGCUUAAAUUUUCAGAAACCUGUGCAAGAAAGUGUGGCUUUUAAGGGGCAGGAAGAUGUCAAGGAAAUGUGCCCUAUAAAAUUCCUGAGGGACAUCUUUUGGUUCAGAAGACCAUGCUGCCAGAAUGCUGCUUCUGAUUCUGAGAAUGAGGAGCCUGAAGAGAGAAGGACGAGGAGGAAAAAGAAAGAAGAAGCAAAAAGAGUCCUCAUUUCUAACUUGCCCUUUGAAGACACAUGGAAAGAAAACCCAAACAGACAUUAUGCGGGCAACAGGAUCAAGACCACAAGAUACACACUUCUGUCCUUCAUCCCUAAAAACCUAUAUGAACAAUUUCAUCGAUUUGCUAAUUUAUAUUUUGUGGGCAUUGCAGUCCUCAAUUUUGUGCCAGUGGUCAAUGCAUUUGAACCUGGGAUAUCCGUGAUCCCAGUCUGUGUUAUCAUGGCCAUCACAGCUAUCAAGGAUGCUUGGGAGGACUUUCGGAGAUUCAAACUGGACAAAGAGAUCAAUAGCAUGGGCUGCCUGGUAUACAGAAGGAACAAAAAAGCCUACAUUGAGACGUGCUGGGAAGAGGUACGAGUGGGAGACUUUGUGCAACUGCAAUGUAAUGAGACCGUCCCUGCGGACAUCCUGCUGCUCCACACCUCUGAUCAGAAUGGGAUCUGUCACUUAGAGACAUCAAAUCUUGACGGCGAGACGAACCUUAAACAAAGACAAGUUGUGAAAGGAUUCUCUAAUCAGAACGCUGAAUUUGAACCAGAACUUUUCCAAAGCACAAUUGUUUGCGAAAAACCCAACAACCAUCUCAAUCGAUUUAAAGGCUAUGUGGAGCAGCCUGACCUCACACGAAUUGGUUUUAACAAUGAAAGUCUCCUUCUUCGUGGAUGCACAGUGAGGAACACAGAGGUUACAAUAGGAAUUGUUGUCUAUGCAGGCCCUGAAACAAAAGCCAUGUUAAACAACAGAGGUCCUCGUUAUAAACGCAGCAAAAUAGAACAACGCCUGAAUAUUGAUAUAUUCUUCUGCGUGGGGCUGCUCUUCAUCAUGUGUCUCACUGGAGCACUAGGUCAUGGCAUUUGGAAUGGGCUCUUCUUAGAAUACCCCUUGUUUGUCAUUCCCGAUAUAAAUGGCAGCUAUCUCGCUCCAGCUCUUGCGGGUUUCUACAUGUUCCUGACGAUGAUAAUCCUCUUACAGAUUUUGAUCCCCAUUUCCCUCUAUGUAUCCAUUGAACUAGUCAAGCUAGGUCAAGUCUUCUUGAUUCAUAAUGAUAUCGACCUGUACAAUGAAGAGCUAGACUUACCCAUACAGUGCCGAGCACUAAAUAUCACUGAAGACCUGGGGCAAAUCCAAUACAUAUUCUCUGACAAAACAGGGACCCUGACGGAGAAUAAGAUGGUGUUUCGCCGUUGUACAAUUGAUGGGAGAGAAUUCUCACAUCAGGAAAAUGCCAAGAGACUAGAAACGUACAAGGAAUUGGAUUCAGAUACUGAAGAUGGGGCGAAACAUUUGAGUCUACCUCCAAACAAAGGUGGAGAAAUUCUCAGGCGGACAAGCACUGCUAAGCCCUUGAGGAGGUGGCAGAGUGCUCGGGCUCGGUUUCAGGGACACACAAGGCAGAGAUCUCUGGGUGGCACCUCUCAGUCUCAAGUGGCAUUUAGCAGUACCAUUGAGAAGGACGUGACCCCAGAUAACAGGCUGCUGAUGAAAGUGAGAAAUGCAUCGUGCCAGAAUGAAUCUUUGACACCAUUUAUGUUUGCAAAGACCACCUCCUCCAUCACAGACUUCUUUCUUGCUCUGACCCUCUGCAACACUGUUGUGGUCUCCACAGCAACCAACCCAAGACAAAGGGUUACUAUUCCGUCACCGAUGAAACCAUCAGGACUGUCCCUGGAGAAAAUUCACCAGCUGUUCCAGCGUCUAAAGCUGGCAAGCCUCAGCCAGUCUCUUUCGUCAGCUCAGUCAAAUUCAGACUUAGGAGAGAGUUUGACUACAGAAACCACCAGAGUCUGUGCUGAUUCUGAAACGAAAGAUUAUUUUUCUUCUCAGAGCUGUUCCACUUUAGCAGAUGAUUACAGUUUUAGAAGGGAUUCGAUCACUGGGAAAGACACCUUUGGGGACAGUGAUCCCACUCCAGCGGAGAUCUGUGGGGCAGCUAACCAGGGAGCUUCCCAAGCAGAGUUUUGUUAUGAGGCUGAAAGCCCAGAUGAAGCUGCCCUUGUCCAUGCAGCCCGGGCCUACCAGUUUACGUUAGUGUCCAGGACUGCUGAACAAGUGACUGUGAGGCUGCCAGAGGGCACCCUCCUGACCUUUGACCUCUUGUUCACUUUGGGAUUUGACUCCAACAGAAAAAGAAUGUCGGUGGUGGUGAGGCAUCCCCAUACUGGCGAGAUAAUUGUCUACACCAAAGGGGCUGACUCUGUCAUAAUGGACUUAUUGGAGGAACCUUCCAGAGCUAACCUAGCCAUGGAAAAGAAAAUAAGAAAAGUCAGAGAUCAAACACAGAAACAUUUAGAUUUCUAUGCACGAGAUGGCCUGAGAACUCUGUGCAUAGGUAAGAAGGUCCUAAGUGAAGAUGACUUUCAGAUAUGGGCCAACUUUCGUCGUGAGGCAGAAACAGCUAUUGACAACAGAGAUGAGCUACUCAUGCAAACAGCGCAACAUCUGGAGACGAAACUCACAUUACUAGGAGCAACUGGUAUUGAAGAUCGGCUGCAAGAUGGAGUGCCUGAUGCCAUUGCUGCUUUCAGAGAGGCAGGGAUCCAGACUUGGGUGCUGACUGGAGAUAAGCAGGAAACAGCAGUCAACAUUGCAUAUUCUUGCAAACUACUGGACCAAAGAGACACAGUCUUUACCAUUAAUACUGAAAGUAAGGAAACCUGUGAAUCACUGUUGGAUAUUACAUUGGAAGAAGUGAAGAAGGCACAAAGUAUUCAAGGGAUAGCUUGGACUGUUUUUGGCAUCAAGCUGCCAUUUUCUAUGCCCACCACUGUGACUGCAGAUUCUGCAAUUGGUCUGGUGGUUGAUGGAAGAACUCUGAAUACCAUUUUUCAGGGACAACUUGAGCAUAAAUUUCUGGAACUAACCAAGUACAGCCGUUCAGUUUUAUGCUGCCGGUGUACCCCCUUGCAGAAGAGCAUGGUGGUCAAACUUGUACGGGGUCAGCUGAAAGUUAUGACGUUGGCAAUAGGUGAUGGUGCCAAUGAUGUAAGUAUGAUUCAGGCAGCUGAUGUUGGAAUCGGUAUUUCAGGACAAGAAGGGAUGCAGGCUGUCAUGGCCAGUGAUUUUGCCAUAUCUCAAUUCAAGCACUUGAAGAAGUUGCUUCUAGUUCAUGGACAUUGGUGCUAUUCCCGCUUAGGCAAGCUGGUGAUAUACUUUUUCUAUAAAAACGUGACCUACGUCAACCUGCUGUUCUGGUACCAGUUCUUCUGUGCAUUCUCUGGGGCCGCCAUGAUAGACUACUGGCAAAUGAUCUUCUUCAACUUGUUUUUCACUUCUGUGCCACCAAUACUUUCCGGAGUCCUGGAUAAAGAUGUUUCUGCAGGAACUCUGUUGAGCUUGCCUGGUCUUUAUAAGAGUGGACAAAACUCAGAGGUUUACAAGCCUCUGACGUUCUGGGUUGCCAUUUUGGAAUCUUUUUAUCAGAGCCUCAUCUGCUUCUUUGUCCCUUAUCUAGCAUAUCUUGAUUCCGAUAUUGACAUUUUCAGCUUUGGAACAACAAUCAAUACAGUCGCUCUCCUUACUAUUCUGUUUCACCAAGCUUUAGAAAUUCAAACAUGGACUCUGUCCCAUGGAAUUACAAUCACUGUGAGCAUUCUUCUGUACUUCAUUUUUUCAACCAUCUACAAUGCUACAUGUGUCAUUUGCAACCCUCCCACCAAUCCCUACUGGAUUAUGGAGUCUGAGAUGUCGCAGGCGAGCUUUUAUUUCAUAUCCAUCAUUACUCCAGUCAUAGCACUUCUUCCAAGGUAUCUUAUCUUGGCUCUUCAGGGAACUUUUGAGGUAUCACCCAUUGUGAAAGCACAACACUUGGAUAAGCUCCCUAAAGAACAACAGGACUGGGAAAUAAAGAAAUGGAAAUUGAGGGAACAAGGCCGAGGUGUCUGCAAUGAUGGGCUUGAAGGACCCAUUGCAAACAUGGGUGUGUCCCCACCUGACAACGCAGCAGAGCGCAUGUUUCAGGGUCUCUGUCCUCCAGAACAAGAAGCCCUCAGGAACCAGACAUCAAACAAUGACUACACCAAAUGGUGGGGUGGGGAAGAGGAUGCGGCCGCUGGUUUCCUGUCAGAAGAUGCAUCUCCUGGGCAGAGUACACCAGCAAAGCCCUUUUCUGGCCUCCUGACCAAUGGCGCUAAAAGUUCCAGUCAAAGGAGCCACCGGCGGUCUGUGAGUGCAGUGACUCUAUGAAAGAGCUUGAGUUUUUGAUUAAAAGAAAUUGAAAUUGCUUCUCUGCACAUCCUCCACCUCCCACAUGGUGAGCAAAGGUAGCAGAGGGAAGAUAGAAUUUCUAUUUAUAUUAAAUGGCAAUGCCUUGUGGAAAGAGAGACCUAAAGUAUAAUUUCACCAGCCUGGCGGGACAAUGUGUUUUAUCUUCACAAUGUGCUGUUCCUCCAGUAUGUGCAAGUGAACUUACUGUGAGGAAAAGAAGUUCCAAACAACUCGGAGAAAUAUUAUGCAAGAAUCCCUUCGUCAAUGUGAAAUGCACUAUUUCCUUGGAAACGGACAGUAUCACCUGAGGAGAACUAUUUUGCUUCAUCCAAUAAUGAGUCCCUUCUGUCUUCUGAAUCUGACCCUAAACAUGUCACUCUGAGCCUCCUGCUGAUUGGCAGCUACAUGGCUGCAAUACAGUUUUGAUCCAUUUUGCUACUACUAUAGAAUUGUUUCCUAGGAAUUUCUUCAGAUUACAGCUUUUUAUGGUAAAAUAAUCAGUUUUAAAGACCAGAAUGAAAUAAGUCAACAGUGCUGAAUUCAUCAACCUGGGCAUUUUGCAAUUCAACAUACAUAACCAUGUGUAAAAGUAUUUUAUAAAAUGUUUUUUAUAAGUGUCUGUGUGUAUGUGUGUGUGGUGCAUUACGAAUUUGGUUAUUUGUGUAACCAACCCCCUAAUCCCAAGCACACCUACUUUGAUGUAAGGUCCAUUGGUUUCAAAUGAAUUAUUUCCCAAAAGAGACCACAUCAGACCACGUGAGGGUUGGCCCUAGGAAUGAGCGUGUUUAUUCCACUCCUCUUCAGUUGCAGUUUUCAGUAUCUUCCAAAUCAUGGACACACCACAUCACCUCUCUGGUCUUCAGGUGUUGUAGUGAGGAGAGAGGAUCCAAUGAGGAUGAAUGUGCUAACUCCACCCCCUUCUGCAGCCAUUUUUCUCAUCUUCCAACUUGAGAAAAGUAGUGUACUUUUCCAUCUAUAAGACGCCCCCAUGUAUAGAUAGAUAGAUAGAUAGAUAGAUAGAUAGAUAGAUGAUAGAUACUUUAUUGUCAUUGUACAUAGUACAACGAAAUUGAAUGCCAUCCCAUUAACAAAACAAAACACUAUUACAGCCACACACACACCCAUCACAACUCCCCAAGAUCAUAUUAUUUAGUUACAGCAUUUAAGAUGGUUAUAGCUCUUGGAUAGAAACUGGUUUUUUAAUCUAUUCGUUCUUGAUUUAAUUGUUCUGUAUCUCUUGCCUGAGGGCAACGGUGCAAAAAGACUAUAUCCAGGACAAGGUGAAUCUUAUAAAAUAUUAUUUGCUUUUUUAAGGCAACGGGGAUUGUAUAGUUCUUCCAGAGAUGGGAGAGGAUGCCCAAUAAUAUUUUGGGCUGUGGUUAUGACCUUCUGGAGCACUUUCCUGUCCAUGAAUGUGCAGCUGGAAAACCAAGCACAGAUACAGUAUGUAUAGAGAGAGGGUAUAAGACGUCCCCUAUUUUGGGGGACUCAAAUUUAGGAAAAGGGGGGAAGAGAUGACACACAGAGUUCUUGAGCUUUUUUGUGGAUGAUUACCCAGAGUUCUUGAGCUUUAUGGGGGGAGGCUUACCCAGGGUUAUUGAGCUUUUUUUAGGGGAGAUUGCCUAAAAUCGCUCACCCGCACGCAUCACUAAAUCCACCUCCACCUGUCCCGUCAACGGCAGAAGCUGCCAAUCGCCCAUCCAACUGCCAGAGCAUCAGCCAAUCAACACCAUCCAUUGAUGUAGCAAUCAAUAACAUGCACAAUAGCCACUGACAACCUCGGCAGCAACCAAUCAAAUGUCCGCCCUAUGCACUGUCCAUGUAUAAGACUACCUCCACUUUUUAGCAUGAUUUUUAAAUAAAAGAACAUAGUCUUAUACACAGAAAAGUAUGGUAGUUACCUACAUUAGGGAGCCUUUUGUGUCUGAGUGGCCUCCCCAUGUGUUUUAGAACUCUGGAAAAUGCAAGCUCCAUAAUGUGUGGGCAGCCUCUGCAGAUACAAAAAGCUCCCUGCUACAGACAGUGUUGGAUUUUUUGAAUAGUCAAGUUACUUUAGAACCGGUCUAAUGUAAAUACUGUUUGUUUAAGAGAAACAGGUGUCGGUGUUUCUGUUAAUUUCUCACAGGCGUGGGCUCUGCUCCUUGUAUAUAUAUAAGGCUCUGCUAGAAAGCCUUCUGUAUCUCUUAGUUAGAUCUUUCAGUUUGAUUCAUCUCUUAGUAGAUCACUCUCUCAGUUGUUCUCCGUUUAAGAGAUUCCCAGUUGAAUCUUAGUAUGAGAGUUGCUUAGUUAUAAAGCUAGUUUGCUGUUAAUUCUUAGGUAGUUUAAUGGAUGUUAUGUGGGAGUUUGUGGGAGGUUUGGAAUGGUUUGAAGGUUGAAAUGUGGGUAGAUAAAGUUGUUAAGAGAGAAAGCAUUAUCUUUAGUUUAAAGUCUCUUUAGAGUCAGUUUGCUUUUCAGUUAAAGAAACCCAACCGUUUGUAUUUUCAUCUGUAUACUUUUACAAGUGUACAGCUAGUAAGGGGUUUCAUAUAAGGGAGAUAAUUCCCCACACUCUUGGUGGUGUUUUCUUAGCCAGGUCAACUUCUGACUGUGUAUACUCUGCGUGAAGCAUACUUUAAAGGGCCACUGUAAACUGGGAU